AUGAAGGAAGAAGAGAAGAAGACCAAGCAGAAGAAGAAGAAGAAUGGUGAUGGCGGCAACGGCCAAGACAAGCAAGACGAUCAACAGGACCACGAGCAAAAAGAUGACGCACAGGAGGAGAAUAAGAAACCGAAGCGCUCAACAGAAGAGGAGGCGCUGCUGCAGUGUCUCCAAUAUGAGCAGAAGUACAUGUGCCUGAUGAGGAAGAAUGAUGGCAAGGGCAGCUCUCCGCUUGCCGACGAAGAUCUUCCACAGCAAAUAGAUGAGGCGGACCAGUUCUCGCCUGACAGCUGGAUCCCGCGCAGCGAUAAACUAAUUCGGCUUACCGGGAAGCAUCCGCUGAAUGCAGAGGUCGAACUGACUACCCUGUUUGAGGCUGGAUUCAUUACGCCAUCAGCAAUUCACUACGUUCGAAACCACGGCGCUGUCCCGCACCUCCUCUGGGAAAACCACAAGGUUGAAAUAACCGCUGGUAAGACAUUAAUCUUUGGAAUGGAGGAGCUGAAGAAUAGCUUUCCCAGCAUUAAUAUACCGAUUUUCAUCGCCUGCGACGGGAACCGCAGGAAGGAGCUGAAUAUGAUCCGCAAGACAAAGGGCUUCAACUACACUGCUGCUGCGAGCGGAUGCGCCUACUGGAAGGGGGUCUUACUCCGCGACGUCUUACUCAAAGCAGACAUUCAAGAUUUAAUGGAGAAAGCCUCCCACAAGCGUUUUUGGGUCAACUUUGAAGGCGCUGAUACGCUCAGCAAGGGCAAGUACACCACCUGUAUGCCCCUUGAAUAUGUCAUCGAGCCGGUAAACGACGUGAUACUUGCCUACCAAAUGAAUGAUCAUCCAAUCCCCCCGGAUCACGGCUAUCCACUACGUCUGAUGGUCCCCGGCUGGGUAGGAGCGCGGUCUGUCAAGUGGUUAACAAAAGUCUGGGUGACAGACUAUGAGAAUGAUAAUUAUUACUAUAUCUAUGAUAACCGGCAGCUUCCCAGCUUCGUGACAGAUGCUGAGUCGGAGACUGCGCAGAUCAUGUACCAUCAUCCGAGUACGCUUUGUAACGCGCAGAUGCUGAACUCGAUCAUUGUACGCCCAGCCCAAGGUGAACAGAUUAACCUGGUUAAUGUGAAAAAAGGCAAGAUUUACAGAGUCGAGGGGUUCGCCUAUAGCGGGAACGGGAACGAGAUUUCGCGUGUGGAGAUUAGUUUAAAUGGUGGGAAUGACUGGCUUUACUGUGUGCGGAAGUUCCCUGAAUCUCCGAUCCGUCACGGUCGGAAGUUCUGGACCUGGCUGCACUGGCACAUCGACCUGGACAUCAGCAAGCUCAUUCGUGCAGAAAGCAUCAUCGUCCGCGCCACUGACGAACAUAGAAGCACGCAGCCUCUAGAACCUAUCUGGAACAUUGAAGGGCAAGCGACAACCUUGGUCCCAUUAUUCAGAAUGAUGAACAACUGCUGGUACAAAGUCCACCCCGAAGUCUGCGAAAACCCCGAUGACGGAGAAGCCUACCUGUUAUUUCGACACCCCGUCGAGGCCGCCAACGGCAUGAACGGGUGGAUGAAACCGUCUACUCAAGAAACUAUCGAAGAGGUGAAACGCAAAGCAUCGGCACCCGGGAAGCAAUUCACCCGCCAGGAAAUCGAGAAACAUUAUACGGAAGAUGACUGUUGGAUCGUUGUUGACGGCAACGUGUACGAUGCGACUAGUGUACUGAGUUGGCACCCUGGGGGCAAGGGACCGAUCAUGGCGCAUGCCGGUGCGGUACAUAUGGAUACGACGAAUGAGUUUACGAGUAUCCAUGAUAAUUACGCGCAGGGGAAGUUGAAGGGUCAAGCAAAAGGAGAAGGAAAACGCACAGGGAGGCGAGAAAAACCCGCAGAUAGCUCUGGACAAACACAAGUGAGUGCUGUUCCCUCUCGAAUUUCCUAGCAAAUAUAAUAACUUCCUUAGAUGGACCCAAGCAAAAUUGGUCAAAAAGAAACGCCUCUCCGACGACACGCAACAGUACACUUUCAGCCUCCCACCACCAGCCAAGAAACUCGGGCUUGAAACCGGACAGCAUGUGCAAGUGGGUUUCCAUUUCGAGGACCGGCUUGUUGUGCGGCCGUACACUCCAGUCCGGCCGAUUUUAGAAGAAGAGGACGACGGUACCUUUGAUUUAGUUGUCAAAACGUAUUUUCCUGAUCAAGACCAACCGGGUGGUACGAUGGGCAACAUCCUUGACUGUCUGCGCGAAGGCGAAGAAAUCGAAGUCAAAGGCCCCUCGGGUGCAAUCCGGUAUCUGGGCCACGGUACAUUUGCGGUUGAUGAUAAAGAAUACUCCUUUGAGAAUGUGUCUCUGAUCGUCGGCGGAUCCGGCGUGACACCAGGGUACCAGAUCAUCGCACGGAUCCUGGGGAACAAGCAAGAUAAAACAAAGAUAAAGGUCAUCGACGCGAACAAGUCCGAAGGUGAUAUCCUGAUGAAGGAAAAACUUGACGAGUUCUCGAAGAACUCGGAAGGGAAGUUUGAAAUCGUGCACGUGCUUUCACAUCCCAGCCAUGACUGGAAGGGCCUCAGUGGCCAUGUUAAUGAGGAUAUUAUCAAAAAACACGCCUUUGAGCCCUGUGAUAAGAAUGUAGCACUUCUCUGCGGGCCACCUACCAUGAUUCAAAAGGCGACGCUUCCUGCGCUGAAGGACUGGGGCUACGAUGAGGACUGCAAUUUGUUCGGUUUUUAG